AUGACUCGGUACGGGGGAAUGGGGAGGACGCGCCCAAAAAAGCUCACCUCCAAGGCCUCGAUCCCGAUUGUCAGAGAGCAGGACAUUGAUAUCAUUGAUGACGAGGUCCAAAAUGCCCUGCAACAGGUUGAGACCGGCGUGGAGAAGGCGGAGGAGUCGGAAUUCCAUCUUCAGGCGGCCAUAAAUGCAGCUGCCCAGGGAAAAGUAAAUGAAGCUCACAUCCCGACUCCGGAGACGGUCAUCAGCAACCUGCAGUAUGACGAACUCUAUCCCCCUACUUUUUCGCAACCUGCGACGUACAUCCGCUUCUCGUCCACGGUCGAGGACUGUUGCUCCUGUCCGUACAAUAUGACGGAGGAGGAUGAUGUCUUCUUCAAGAUCAUGAACCAAAAGCGGGGCCCCUCCAGCCGCUGCACCGAGGACCAAUUCGAAGAGGUGAUGAACUUCUUCGAAGAGACGGCGCAGGCCAAGCAGCCAUUUGCGGCCGUAGAUAGUCCUCCCGUGUUAAGCUUCCAGGAGAUGCAAGACUCGAUGGAUGCCGCCGUAGAGGACAGCGUAAAGCGGUUUUCCAAGGACAUAUAUGAGCACUGGAAGUCAAGGAGGAUGAGCAAUAACAACCAGUCCCUGCUACCACAUCUCAAGUUUGAAACGGGCCAGGAAACCGACGAUUCAGAUCCAUAUGUCUGCUUCCGUAGACGCGAGGUUCGUCAGAUCCGCAAGACUCGGGGUCGGGAUGCUCAGAGCGCCGAUAAACUCCGAAGGCUUCGAAAGGAGCUGGAGGAUGCUCGGAAGCUGGUCGGCCUUGUACGCCAGCGCGAGUCGGCAAGGAAGGAGAUGUUCGCGAUUGAGCGGCAAGUCUUCCUGCAGCGAUCCGAAGUCAAGGAGAUGAAGAGGAAACUCAACAUCAAGGACGACGACGAGGAUCUCAUCAACCAGAAGCCGAAGAAGAAGCCCGCAGAGGCCCCAGCGGUGCAACGACCAGCUGCCCCGCAACUUCGUAUGCCGCCCAAAGCUGGUACCCAGACUUCAGACGACCUGCAGUUGCUGGAGGAUGUGCAGGCGGAGAAGGAGAACGAGAUUCUGCGCGACAUCAAGCAAAACAUUGCCAAGCAUGUCAAGUGGAACGAGGGUUACGUGGACUUCACAAGAGCACCACUGUCGCCGCCGCCUGAAAAGUCUUUCGAGGCGGCAUUCCGCCCAGCGAUCACAACCCAAUUACCGACACCUCCGUCGUCGGAUUCAUCUGAGAACAUGAUGGAUACCUCUCCGGAUGUCUUGGGUGCCAUCGCAUUGCGAGAUAAGCUGGCCUCCCAUGCCAUGGACCUGGACGACGAGACUAGCAAACUCCCGUCGUUCCGAAGGCGGAUUGGGCGGGGCGGCCGUUUAUGGAUCGACCGUCGAAACCUGGCUUCGCGUUGUAGAGUGGAUAUGGACCCACUGAAGGCCGAUCGAUUCAAGUUCGACCAGGAGGAUUCCGACGAGGAAAUUGAGUUCGACCGGGAUCAGUAUGACAUUCAAAUCAUGCAGCACCGAGCCAUCAUGGCAGCCAAAGCUCGAGAACAAGCUGCAGCUGCAGCUCAAGCCCAUGCGCAGGCGCAGGCGGCCCAGGCCCAAGCUCAGCGACGAGCACAAGCUGAACAAUCAGCCAACACCAACAACCAAGCCCCCACCACGGGGCCAACGAUGGGGUCAAAUCCUGGGCCUGGAGCCAUUGCCCCAACCGCUGAGACUUGA